UGAGGAACUUCCGGGUAUCUCCACCAAGGACGCGUCCAGACGCAAGUUGGUGUCCUUGUCAUCUUUGUCAUAACAUAAAACAGAAGUUCCUCGUCGCUCAUCUGACAACACUGUGAGAUUGAGACUGUCUCUUCCCUGUUCUCUACCUGGAGAUGACGAUGAAGCAGUAGACGUCACGACAGUAAGUUUACUGUACAUGGACUUUUAACAAUACAAAGAUGGAGAUGAGUACAGAAACCAGAGCGAUCGUCCUUCUUUGCUUGUACGGCUUCUUUAAGGAGAUGCGUCCUUCAGAACCGUUCCUUACUCCAUACCUGAAGGGUCCUGAUAAGAAUCUAACAGAGGAACAGGUAGAUAACCAGAUCUACCCAGUGUGGACGUACUCGUACCUGGCCUGUCUGUUCCUGGUGUUCCUGCUGACGGACUUCCUCCGCUACAAACCUGUCAUCAUCCUGGAGGGGCUGGCCUACAUCGGAACAUGGGUCCUCCUGCUGUGGGGACAGGGGGUGCUGACCAUGCAGUUCAUGCAGUUUCUGUAUGGGGUCGCCACUGCAACAGAGAUAGCCUACUACUCCUACAUCUACGUCAUCGUGUCCGACCAGCGUUACCAGAAAGUCACCAGCUACACCAGGAGUGUGGUUCUGGUGGGGAGGUGUGCCGCUGGGGUGGUGGGGCAGGCAGUUGUAUCAGUAUGGAAAGAAUCUGCGUACUUUCCCCUGAACUACGUGUCCAUGGCCAGUGUGACUGUUGCUCUCGGUAUCUCCAUAUUCCUACCAAGUGUCAGAAAAAGCAUGUUUUUUCACAGGUACUCCCGACAACAGGAUGACCUUGAUUCACCCCCAAGUCCGACACCAACAAACGGAGAUGACAUCAGGGAAGAAGUCACGUCAGACAACAGUGGUGUCCCAUUACCAAACCAUGGGACAACUGAUCUCACAGUAUCACAGCAACAAGUUCCUGAUCCCACCUUAAAUACUACAGACGUCGACACUUCUGGAACGGGAAAGGACAAUAUUGUUAUCUCCACAUUGCGUAACUUGUGGACAGACUUCCGGGUGUGUUACGGUUUGCGGCACCUGUUGCUGUGGUCGGUGUGGUGGUCGCUGGCCACCUGCGGCAGCUUCCAGGUGGGGAACUACGUACAGAACCUGUGGGACGUCAUCAGUCCUGCCGCACAGGAUGGAGAGGUGUGGAACGGGGCGAUAGAGGCGGCCGCUACUCUCUUAGGGGCCAUGGUGUCUUUCUCAAUGGGGUACCUCCACGUGAACUGGAUCGUCCUGGGAGAAAUGACUCUCGGUGUUCUGUCAGCUCUGGAUGCUGUUCUGCUUGUUGUCAUGGCAACGACAUACCACAUCUGGGUCAACUACGUCUGUUAUGUCUUCUUCAGGAUGUCUUACCAGUUUCUCAUCACUAUAGCAACAUUUCAGAUUGCCAAGAAGCUGACGACUGAACGUUACGCCCUGGUGUUUGGUUGUAACACGUUUGUGGCACUUCUGCUACAGACCAUUCUCACUGCAAUCCUCGUGGACAAGACGGGACUGGAUGCACCUGUCAGAACUCAGUUUGUCGUCUAUGGCGUAUACUUUGGCGUGAUUGCCGCCAUCUUCCUGACCGGUGCCGUGGUUACGCUGACAAGACUUGGUUGGCGGGAGGUACGGAGAAGAUGGAGACUUGCUGACAAUGAUACAUGUACAUAGUGGAUUACGUGGCAAACUUGUGCUUAUGAGCCACUGACAUAUUAGUUGCUAAUUGUACAUUUGGUGUCAUCAGAGAUGUAUCUGUUAAGCAUUCCAUUUGGUCAUAUACAAGUUAUGGUGAACCAUUUGGCCAUGUUGAUUUUAUUGUAUGGAUGACAUCCUCUGGGAACCCCCAAACUGACAAACUUAUGCGAGUGUGCGUAAAUAAGGUCACCACACAACAAAACCUGAAGGUUGUUUCAAGGUGUGACCUGAAGGCUACUCCAAAGUUAGGGUUAUAUUAUGAUCAGUUUACUAAGUGAUCAGGUAGGUUGAACAAAUGGCUAAAUAAUGUAUACCGAACAAUUGAAUCUUCAUUUUAUUGUUCUUUCACAUCUUCUUCUUUUGCUUUAGAAUUGAUUCAUCAUAUUCGAUGGUAUUUGUAUUUUUUUUUGAAAUUUGCAUAUAUUUGCUCAUUUGUCAGCUGCUUUUAUAGGACUGAUAUG